AUGGGCAGCUACGAUGAGGGAGCCGCGCUCGACCUGGGGGACGACGUGCUCGCAAUCGUCAUGAGCCUCCUGGGCCCCGACGACCUGGCCCGCGCAUGCUGUGUCAGCCGCGAGUGGCGCGCCGCGGCGUCGUCGGAGCCCCUGUGGCGCGAGCACUGCUGGGUCACGUUCGGCCUCGACGCGUGUCGCGCCGUCGACCGGAAAUCAACACCCCCCCCCACCUGGCAGGCCACAUACGCCGCGUGGGCCCGCGAGCACCCGCGCACCGAGUGCCGGGGCCUCACGCGCCGGGCCGCCCGCGCCGUGAACCUCAUCCACGGCGCCGCGCUGCGCCUCGACCUCCCGAGCAUCGCCGAGUCCAUGACGCCGGGGCUCCCCGCCACGCCGCCCAACACGGACGCCGCACCUCCCUCCCGCGGCACCGGCGAACCGGCCGACGACGCGGCCCGGCCGGACGCCGAGGAGCGCGCGUGGGCGCUCGAGGAGGGCGGGGACGUCGUGCGCGCGCUGUACCGUGCGACGGGGGGGCAGGCGACGAUCAUCGACACCGCCAUGAGUCAGAUGCUGCGGGGGAGUAAAGGGAGAGUCCCCUUCCACGACAUGGCGAUGCACCCGCGCUCGCAGGCGUUCUGGAACGGCAUGCUCGGGUCAUACCAGGCGUAUGGACGCAUCAUCAGCCUGCGCGUCCUCCUCCCGGUGAUCGCACGGUUCCUGACGCGGGGUAUGACGCGUCAGUCUGACCUGUGGAUUGCGCUCGACCCGCGGCAGCACUUCCGCGCCGUCGCCACGUCCCUCGAGAACAAGCUCGUCGUCGUCUCCGCCUCGCCGCCCUUCACGGGCGCCCACCGCGUCCUCUUCGUCGACAAGCGCGACGGCACGGCCUACCUCUCUACGCGCGUGCCCGGCAUGGUCAUUCCUGCGUGUUGGGUCGACCCGAGCCGCCGGGCGUCCGAGUUCAUAGUGUCCGGCGACCAGGCCGCGCAGGCGAUCCGCGACGGUGGCGGGAAGGUCCCCGGGGACCUAUUGACGUGGCUGGAGGAGUUCGCGGACCGCGCGUGGCACGGGCGGUUCCAGGUCGGGCCACCCGUGCCGGAGAACGAUCCCUCCGUGGGCUGGCCGCGCGAGGAGCCCGCUGCCGACCGCGCGGAGCAGGGCGUCCGGGGCCUCCUGCUGUUCGCCAGCGGCGAACAGGACGGGAUGGUGCACGCAGUGACGCGCGGCAUCCACGUCAGGGCUGCAGCGUCAGUCAUGCCGGAGGAGUGCAACCCCCCCAUGGGGCAGAUCGCCUUCAUGUACCGCAUACGCUUUGCGCUGGAGGCGGAGGCCGCGAGCGAGAGCGCGCAGUCGAGCGCCACGGAGCAGGCCGGUGCGGGUGCGGGUGCGGCGGCGCGACGCACGGUGCAGCUGCAGGACCGACACUGGACGAUGAAGGACGGCGAGGACCGCGUGGUGCACGUGGUGGAGGGGCCCGGCGUCGUGGGGAUGCACCCGUUGCUCGAGGAGGGCAAGGGGGAGUUCUUCUACCAGAGUAUGACGGGUCAGACGGAGAGCAGGGGGUCUCUCGGGGGGUGGUUCACGUUCGUGGAGGGGUCGCUGGAGGCCGCGCGGGCGGGCGCGUCCUCCGGGGUCGUGCGCGCGGAGUGCCCGCACUUCGCGACGAACGUGCCGGAUUUCAUAUUCUAA